CGGCUUCCAAGAGUCGAAGCGGCGGGACUGAGCGACGGAAGCGCCCGGUUGGCAUGCUCGCUGCCUGCUCGCCAAGGACGCGCGCCAUGGAGAGCCUAGCGAACCAACCCAGCGCGCCCUUCCGCCUGGGGAUUUUGCUCCGGCACCUGGUUCCCCACGCCGGAUUCACACCAUUUCCUACUUCAGCCCAAAUUGCUCCUGCGACAUGCCUAACGCAGUUCCGUUAUACCUUGGAUAAUAGCAUCCUCACUCUAGAGCAAAGACGUUUUUAUGAGGACAAUGGAUAUCUUCUCAUCAAAAAUCUGGUGGCUGAUGAAGAUAUUGACAGCUUCGUAGAGGAAUUUGUAAAGAUAUGCAGGAAGGAAGUGGAGGUACCUGGGAUAACCAUCAUGAAAGAUAUCACAAUUGCCAAGUCUGUUGCUGAUGAGAACACAGUUUCAAAAUUGCAGGAUUUUACGUGGAACGAAGAACUCUUCAGAUAUUGUACCUUACCUCAGAUCAUAAAAUAUGUUGAAUGCUUCACGGGGCCUGACAUCAUGGCUAUGCACACCAUGCUGGUCAAUAAACCUCCAGAUACAGUCUGGAGAGAAAAAAACCCUGGUGGUGUCAACAAGAUGUACCAUGGGAUUCACGAUUAUGACAAGAGCCUUCCCAGAGUCCACCUCACCAUGGAGAAAGGAGACACGGUGUUUUUCCACCCCUUGAUCAUUCACGGUUCUGGAAGGAAUAGGACCGAAGGAUUUCGAAAGGCUAUUUCUUGCCAUUAUGCUAGUAGUGAUUGCUACUAUAUUGACGUCAAAGGGACCAGCCAGGAAAAUAUAGAGAAGGAAGUUGGAGAGAUUGCAAGGCAGAAGUAUGCUCUAGGUAGUUCAUCGAUGGCUCUGAAAGAGGCUUUCAUGGUACGAAGUCGACUUGUUAAAGGAAAGAGAAAAAGUCUUUAAAUGCUGUUACAGAUCCCUUCCCAAACCACCCAAGGAAAUUUGGGAGAAUUCAGCAUUUAUUUCUUCUUACUUUUUGGAAAGGCUGUUCAGUUAGCAAUAAUCUCGAAGCGCUUUGGAGGCUGUUUGUGUUGGGAAAUGGAUUAAAGGCUGCAGUGCUACAGUAGUGGCC